UGUCAGUUUCAUUUUCGGUAACAAAAUUGCAUUGCAUUUCGGAUUGUUGACAUAAAACUUUAAAACUGUCCGUGUUAAAACAAUAAUAAUGAAUGUUAAAAACGACUUAAAAAUCAUGCCCCGCUCGAUGGUAUGCGAGGACAGCAACCUGCGGGGAGACAUCACCAUUUCGAGCGGUUGUGUCAUUCAUCCGAGCACGACGAUCAUAGCGGAAUCCGGUCCGAUCGUAAUCGGUGAAAACUGUAUUAUCGAAGAGUAUGCUACCAUCAUUCAUCGCAUUCCGAAGGGUCAUCCGGCGUACGGGGACGUGCUGGAAGGUACGGUCAAACCGCUGGUCAUUGGACCGGAUAACAUAUUCGAGGUGGGCUGUACCGUGGAGGCACUAAAGAUCGGUGAGCGAAAUGUGUUCGAGUGUAAGAGCUACGUUUCAGCGGGUGUGGUCGUUACCAACGGGUGCGUCAUCGGAGCCGGAUGCCGUUUGGUGGGCGAACAGGUACUGCCGGAAAAGACGAUCAUCUACGGCAAUCAGUGUCAUCAGCGGGAAGCAAUCGAAAAACAAAGGUCGCAAAUGGUCCAAAUCGAUUACCUUAGGAAGAUACUGCCCAAUUAUCAUCAUUUGAAAAAAGCUUCAUACGAUCCAAAGAAGGCGCGGCCUCAGGUUUAGCGUAGUGCUUUUCAUGAGUGAUUUGUGAGAGUUUUGCUAUUCCAAUCAGAUUCCGUUCCAUGAUUAUCAUAGGCAUAAAGAAUAAUGAGUUUUGUUUGCUUACGUUUCACGAUAAAUUUUACGUGUAAUAAAUAUGAUAUGCAUAGCUUUAUGCUGCAGUUUUCAGUAUCAGCCUUAAUUUUGAUGCUUUUCUUAAAAAUUUUGUCACAAAAUGGUAAUAUGCAUAAAGUUAGAAAGGGAAAGCAAUAACGGAGAUUAAAAUACUCUGAAAAAUUGCUAUCUAAUGAAAUUGACGGCGCUAGGAAUAUAAAAUAUGCGGUAUUUUUUUGAUUAAAGCUAACAAUGUUUUAAGUAACAAAACUGGAAACGAAUUUCGCUAAAAUAUUUUUACAGGAGACAAAAAAAGUUUCCAAAUCAAAGCAAAAAAGUUGAAAAAAUGCUUUAAACAGUAAAUAGAGAAAGAUGGAACAUUUCUCUUUAAUUAUGUUAUUUAUUUAUUAUUUUGAAUACAUUGACU